UUGAAUGAGAUAGAAAAGUUUUAUUAAUGUGCCAUCUGAGCUGAGUGUGUGACGUGAUGGUGAUAAAAGCUACGAAUAACUUUCAAAUAUUUCUCCCUUUUGACGGCAGCCAUCUUUAAACAUGAUGGUCAACAUGUCAACCAUCAUCAACUUCGCUGGCAAGUCAUCAAAGUUGCUCAGCUGAAUGGGAAUCACUUUCUAAUUAAAUGCUGUCCCGUCACAAAAUUCUCCUGAGGGAGACAAAUCAAGAGCAACUUGACCCUUGACCUCACCAUCAUUCUCAUCAUGCUGUUCCUGGCGCACACAGCCCACUGGCAGUUUCUGGGCUUGCUGAUUGGUUGCUUGGCGUGGAUCCUCACCAUGGCCACGGCGGGCAUGGACGAGUGGCGUCUGUGGCACGUAAACCCCGACAACCUCACGUCCGUCAUCACCUCGGGCGUGGCCUGGGUGGGCAUCUGGCGGGCGUGCUUCCACAGUCAUGCCCUGCCCAAGAUGGAGAACUGCCAGACUAUGGCCAUCUCAGACAGCUUUGUCCCGGUGGAGAUACGGGUGGCGCAGGUUCUCAUGGUGCUGGCCGCGCUGGGCGGCCUGAUGAGCAAUGUCGCUGCAGUGCGGGCUGUGAGGCGGGUCUAUUUCUCGUUGGAGCGUCGCGGCAGCGUGCGUGGGGUCUUCAUCCUUGCGGGGGCGCUCUAUCUCCUCACAGCGGUGCUUGUUUUGAUCCCCCUGGUGUGGAACGCGGGCGCGGUGGCGAACAACGCUACCAUCCCCUUCCCACCCAGGUUCAGGCUUCCCGCUGCUCCAGCUGGACAGCGAGUGGGCACAGCCGUCAUGAUGGGUUUCCUGGGUACCGUCCUCAUGCUCGUCAGCGCGCUGCUCUUUCUCGCUCACCGAUACGUGUGGCGGACUCUCGAACCCGAGCUCCAUGGACGGGGGGUGGCUCAGGAGGACAAGCGAGGCAGGGAUAAUCCCGAUUUUCAUCCUGAUGAAGUGUCGUGAUGGUAACAUUUUCAAAGGCUGAUAUCAAUAUGGUACUUUUACGUUAAAUUAAAAUUCUUCGAUAUGGAAAAUAGCCAGAAUAAUCCUCCAAAAUAAAAAAAGUGAUAUACACAACAAAUUUUGACUUUUUUGUACAAAUAUUUGAUGCCCAUGAUAAUUGCAUUAAAUAUUUUAAUCAACCCCAAUAAUUCUUGAAGCAGCAUAAAUUGUAUUGUGCUCUGUUACGACAUCACAUGCUCUCUCAAGAUACUAGCAUGCGAAAGAGUCAUUGUGAUUGUAUGAGGCAUGUUGGAGGGUCAGCUUGACAAUGUGAACUUGGAUGUAGGAGGCUAACAAACACGUGAGCUUUCGGAGAGGGGGCCGCCAGCCAGCCAGUGGAGAGAAGAGAACGGCGGGCGGCCCACUUGGGCCAAACAAAAGGCUGUUGAGCUGCCGUCACAAACACAAGUCCAGCAUGAGUGGAGCAAGAGGGGAAAGCACAAGUGGCGCUUGGAGCACAUACCCCAAAGUGAAGGAGCACAACGCUCUUGGCGCGCAUUCUCCCCUAGUUGCAGAUAAGACUGACAUGACUUGUCGUUCUUAUCUAAUCUGCUGUGUCAUUUAUCGGAAGAGUAACCCAGCACAACAUAAGAGCGGGUUGUAAGGAAUUUUGGAAAAAAAAAAAAAUCUGAUGCUUAAUUGUUAUUUCAAACUCAAGGUUAAUAAAAAUGAGCAAUA